AUGUACCUCAAAAAAGAAAAAGUUCGAGAUUUGUCAAGUGAUCUAACAAAUGAUGAACCGACGAUAAAGAAACGAAAACUGGAAGACACUUCUGAAGCUCUCAAUAACUGUUCAUCAGAGAACGAGUGUCACUUGCUGUCACUUCAUCAUAUACAAAAUGUUCUAGCUAAAUUAGGUGGGAAAGCACCUUUCUCAAGUUUGAGAAAACAGAUUUACAGUACGUAUAAAACCAGCAUACUUUCCCCACAAGAAUGCAUGACAAAAAAAGAGUUUAAAGCCAAAUUGUUAGGUGUCAUUCAAGACUCAGGGUACUUUAUUUUUUCACCGUCUGAUGGUAUGAUCAGCAUGGUUAGUGAUGGUUUAGUCGCUAGAACAGAUCUCUGUGUAAAUCCAGAUCCAGAUACUUCUAUAAUCACUUGUCAGAACGGUAAACCACAUUAUUCUGAAAGUAUAAAAAAGUUACUAAUCACCACAAUAAACGAUGCGGGAGGACAAAUUUCUCUCAAGAAGCUUGUGAAAAGAGUCUCGUCACGUAUUUUGAAUCCAAAUGAUCAAAAGGAAGUUAGUCUUACGAAAGAGGAAGUGGAGAGCAAAAUUGUGAGAAAAGUCAAUAAAAGUCAGUCUAUGAAACUUUCAGAUGACGGUAAACGGGUUGAACUUUGCUCAUGA